AUGCUGUCGCAGAAGCAGUGGUUCGCGCUGCUGGUGGGGGUGCUUCUCGUGAGCGCUCCCUUGAUAAGGGCCGAGGAGGAGGAAUAUGAAGACGAUGAUGCGGAGGAGGCGGGUGGUGACAAGGGCGGCGAGGAGAAGGACGUCGUGGUGAUCACCAAGGACAACUGGGAAACGGCCGUGAAGAAAUCCAAGUUUGCUUUGGUGGAGUUCUAUGCCCCGUGGUGCGGCCACUGCCAGAAACUCACACCUGAGUAUGCCAAGGCGGCCACGGCCCUCAAGCAGUACGACCCCACGAUCGUCCUAGCCAAGGUCGACGCCACCAAGGAGGCUGACCUGGCGCAGAAGCAUGACGUCAGCGGCUACCCCACCAUCAAGUGGUUUGUGGACGGAGAGGUCGCCCUGGACUACAACGGCCCCCGCGACGCCGAGGGCAUCGUGCGGUGGGUCAAGAAGAAGACCGGGCCCGCCGCCGAGAACAUCGCCGACAAGGACGCCCUGGCUGCGGCUGAGAAGGCCCACGAGGUCGUGGUGCUGGCGUACUUCAAGGAGCUCAAGGGUGCCGACUACGACGCCUUCGUCAAGGUCGCCCAGAAGAGCGAGGACGCCACCUUCCUGGAGACCACCGACGCUGACGUGGCCAAGGCGGCCGGCCUCUCCGCGGCCGGCGUGGUGGUGCUGACCAACUUUGCCGGGGAGGACCGCGUGGUGGCGCCCCUCAAGGGCAAGGUCACUGACAAGGCGAUCGAGGAGCUGCUGACCGCCAACAAGCUGCCCCCCACCGUUGAGUUCAACGACAAGAACAGCCAGAAAAUCUUCGGCGCGGGUGAGCCAGCACACUCCGCGGCGCAGCGCGCCUCUUGA